AUGCGAUUUUUCGUCAUCGUCCGAUUGAUAUUCGUCGCGUUGUUCGCCAUCGCUGCUUAUUUGUUCGCCGCCAAUCGCCAAUUGUGCGUUCAUUUCGAGCCCAACGUUCACGCGGCUGAUGUAUGCGCAACGAAUUGCUAUUACUUCUUCGAGUAUGUUGUCGAUGUUGGAAAGUUGAGGAACAAUAUUAAAUAUGAUUAUCAGCCAGUCAUCAACAAGGAUUUGGUGUCGCUGUCAAAUAUUUUGGACACCAAUACCAGCGAUUUGAAAUCGUACGCGCAAGAAUGGCUCAAAACCGAUUUUGACGGUGAAAUUAUUCAAAUGCGAACGCGUUCGUGUUUAAAUAUGGAUUUUGGGCAUUUGAAUGGCUCGAAAAAAUCGAAUUUGACCAAAAUUUUGUCGCCGCUUCGAUUUUUGAUCAUUUUCAUGAUCGGCUCGGCCGCGUUGGCGCUCAUUGAUCUCACUAUUCAGAUAUUGAUUAGUCGAAGCUCAUUUGUUCGCGUUGUCAUUCACAGCCUCACUCAAUUUAUUAUUUGGACUUAUAUAUUAAUUGACAUGGAAAUGUUCAGAAACUCAUGGGUUGACAUUUGGCCGAAGGAGCACGUGCCGGCCUAUCCGUUGAGGUGGCUCUAUUUUGAAUUGUGCGCUCUAUUGCUAAUCAUCACCACUCUGUUUGAUCUACUCACACAUAAUUACGCCGAUUAUUCGCUUCGAAUCGAGCAAAGUCAAGGAGUCUACAAGUGUAUCGAAUUGAAGGAACAAUCACGCUUGAAUGAAACAUUCCGAUCACUCGAUUAA